ACUAAACGCAAUGGGGUCAGGUAGGGGGCACCGUGGGGUUGGGUGGGGCCCUCAAAGGCACUUGCUGAUCUUGGCUGCUUGGGUGGAAAAUUGUAAACAGCCAAAGAAUUUUGUUUGCUUGCAUGGGGCCAGAGGAGGCUGCCCAGACCCAAAGCAAAAGAGCCUGGGAGGAGGGAGAGAGGCCACGAGCUGGAAGUCCUGGGGCUCAGGCAGGGCUGUGUCCCCCCACUCCCCCUCCUGAAGGCCCCUGGUUGUCCCACGGAUGCCCACCCUUCACUGCCAACCAGCCAGCGAGACCAGGCCAGAGACACCAGGCCUGAGGCUCAGCUAAGAGAGGCAGGUCCCUCCCCAACCUGGCUGGGCACAGACACCUCCACUCCAGGAACUCGCAGGAGAUGCACCAGAGAGCCAUGGCCUCCCUUGAAGAGCCCCGGGGAGCUGCCAGUCAGCCUUGGGGAAAAUGUAAGAGGAUGCAUUUUGAGGGAACUGAGGGGUGGAAGACGCCCACCCUCAAGCCCUGGCAUGUUUACCCCGGUGGACCUGAGGACCCCCUUGGCCAUGGUCGACAUUCAGCUCCUCCAAGGAAGUACCCCUGGCAGUAUCAACAGGGUGUGUCCCCCAGAGUCACCUUUAGGCCAAGGCCAGACCCUUACCAGUUGAGGUGUUGAGAAGCUCCGUCCUAUCCUUGAAGCCCCCUGGGGUAUCUCACUCUGGUGAGGCAGACCUUGCCUGCCACCUACACCCUUGGAAGAAAGACAGUCCAUAGACGUGACAUAGAAUGCCCCUCACCUUCCAACACAGACGUGGGACCACUGGUCAGGACCGGUCUCUGACCAGUGCCAAAGUCAGACUUGUCUCCUCCUGUCAGCCUGCCCCUCCAGGCCUCUUCUCCCACCCAACACUGGCCGUAGUCAGGGCCGCUGCCAGCCAGGUGGCAGAAGUACUAAGUCACCCAAGCCCUGUGAAAGGAUGGGGGCUGGGUCUUCGGGGUCCAUCAGAUCUCCCGACUUGAGGACCCCUUUCCUGACCAGCCCUUCUUAGCAGACUCCUGGGGACCCAGGUGGCAGCUGAGCCCCCUCAUUCCCCGCCAGCUCCCAGGCUGUGGAGGGACAGACAGGUGAAAGAACCGAGUCCCUGGGUGUGCCCUGUCUGCCCGUUCCCUCUGCCGGCUGCACAGCUCUGCCCGGGGCUACGAGGUCUCUAUUGCUUCUUCCUCAUUUGCCCGGACGGCAUGCCCACCUUCCAGGACCUCUGUGUGGGGCAUCCUCUAGCCGUGAAGCCCCACAGGGGAGGGGUCGGCCCUGCCCGCCCCUCCCUCGUGCCCGCUCCACUCUGGCCAGGCCACCAACUCCAGCCGGUCCCGGCUGCCUGCCCAGUCACCCGACCCGCCCCAUAAACUUGACGGCGGGGCGGGCGCAGCUGGCUUGGUGGGGGCGGGGGCUGCUCCUUAAAGGAGCCGUCAGAGGGUGCCCGGGGCCCCUUGGCUUCUCCGACCUUCUCCAGGGUGAGAAGAGGCAGCGGGGUGAGGAGCCGCCGCUGCCGGAGCUCUCGGUGGAGUGUCGGGAGGCAGCCUGGCGUCCUGAGAUGCCGCAGACCUCCUGGGCCUAGAAGAGGCAGUGGCAAGUAUCCCGGGGCAGAGUCCAGGGAGGCUCAAGGCUCCUCCACACGCGCCCGCUGAACCCUGAGCUCCCUGAGCCGCGGGGAUGGGGCGGGCCGAGGCUGCCGCCAUGAUCCCGGGCCUGGCUCUGCUCUGGGCGGCAGGGCUGGGGGGUGCUGCCCCCAGCACCCCACGCCUCCGCCUCUCCUUCCAAGAGCUCCAGGCCCGGCACGGUCUCCGGACCUUCAGGCUGGAGAGGACCUGCUGCUAUGAAGCGCUGCUGCUCGAUGAGGAACGUGGGCGCCUGUUUGUGGGCGCCGAGAACCACGUGGCCUCCCUCAGCCUGGACAACAUUAGCAAGAGGGCCAAGAAGCUGGCCUGGCCGGCCCGUGUGGAAUGGCGAGAGGAGUGCAACUGGGCUGGGAAGGACAUUGGCACCGAGUGCAUGAACUUCGUGAAGUUGCUCCAUGCCUACAACCAUACCCACUUGCUGGCCUGUGGCACAGGGGCCUUCCACCCAAUCUGUGCAUUUGUGGAGGUGGGCCAGCGGCUGGAGGAGCCCAUGCUCCGGCUGGACCCUCGAAGGCUGGAGGAUGGCAAAGGCAAGAGUCCUUAUGACCCCAGGCAUCGGGCUGCCUCCGUGCUGGUGGGGGAAGAGCUGUACUCGGGGGUAGCUGCGGACCUCAUGGGCCGGGACUUCACCAUCUUCCGCAGCCUGGGCCAGCGUCCAAGUCUCCGGACAGAGCCGCACGACUCCCGCUGGCUCAACGAGCCCAAGUUUAUCAAGGUCUUUUGGAUCCCGGAGAGUGAGAACCCAGAUGAUGACAAGAUUUACUUCUUCUUCCGUGAGUCUGCGGUGGAGGCCACGCCGGCACUGGGACGCCUGUCUGUGUCCCGCGUUGGCCAGAUCUGCAGGAACGACGUGGGUGGCCAGCGCAGCCUGGUCAACAAGUGGACAACUUUCCUGAAGGCGCGGCUGGUGUGCUCGGUGCCCGGUGCCGAGGGCGAUACGAACUAUGACCAGCUCCAGGACGUGUUCCUGUUGUCCUCGCGAGAUCGCUGGACCCCGCUGCUCUAUGCUGUCUUCUCCACAUCCAGCAGCAUCUUCCAGGGUUCUGCCGUGUGCGUGUACAGCAUGAAUGAUGUACGCCGGGCCUUCCUGGGACCCUUUGCACACAAGGAGGGGCCCAUGCACCAGUGGGUGUCCUACCAGGGACGUGUCCCCUACCCCCGACCUGGCAUGUGCCCCAGCAAGACUUUUGGCACCUUCAGUUCCACCAAGGACUUUCCUGAUGAUGUCAUCCAGUUUGCCCGGAACCACCCCCUCAUGUACAAUUCGGUCCUGCCCAUCGGCGGGCGCCCUCUCUUCCAACAAGUGGGUGCCGGCUACACCUUCACCCAGAUCACUGCAGACCGUGUCGCAGCUGCUGAUGGAUACUACGACGUCCUCUUCAUCGGCACAGAUGCAGGCACAGUGCUGAAGGUGAUCUCCGUCCCCAAGGGCGGCUGGCCAAAUGCUGAGGGGCUGCUCCUGGAGGAAUUACACAUGUUUGAGGACUCAGCUGCUGUCACCAGCAUGCAAAUCUCCUCUAAGAGGCACCAACUGUACGUAGCCUCUCGCAGCGGGGUGGCCCAGAUCCCGUUGCACCGCUGCGCUUCCCACGGCCGUGCCUGUGCCGAAUGCUGCCUGGCACGUGACCCCUACUGUGCCUGGGAUGGGGCCAAGUGCACUCGCUUCCAGCCCAGUGCCAAGAGGCGGUUCCGACGGCAGGACGUAAGGAACGGUGACCCCAGCAUACUGUGUUCCGGGGACUCAUCCCACCCUGUGCUGCUGGAGCAGAAGGUGCUGGGUGUGGAGGGAGGUAGCGCCUUCCUGGAGUGUGAGGCCCGCUCGCUGCAGGCGCACGUGGAGUGGACCUUCCAGCGCGCGGGGGAGUCGGCCUACACUCAGCAGGUGCCUGCGGAGGAACGAGCUGAGCGCACGAGGAGGGGAUUGCUGCUGCGCGGGCUGCGGCGUGGGGACUCCGGCGUGUACCUGUGUGCAGCGGUGGAGCAGGGCUUUUCGCAGCCACUGCGUCGCCUGGCCCUGCACGUGCUGAGUGCAGCACAGGCUGAAAGACUGGCCCGGACCGAGGAUACUGCGCCCGUCGCCCCGCCGGGCCCCAAGCUCUGGUACCGGGACUUUCUGCAGCUGGUGGAGCCCGGCGGCGGUGGUGCGAACUCCCUGCGAAUGUGUCGCCCUCAGCCCGCGCCGCGCCCACAGGUCCCUGAGUCACGGAGAAAGGGCCGCAACCGGAGGACACACGCCCCAGAGCUGCGGGCUGAGCGGGGCCCGCGCAGCGCAGCGGACUGGUGACUUGGCCGUCCCCACGCUGGGGACUGGGGAGGAGGCUGCAGGAGGGAGAGGGGGCGCACAGACCCUGGGAGACGGCUAGGGGCCCGGCGUUUCCUGGUGGAGGGAAGACACCGACCGACAGGCCCUGGCCAAGGGGCAGCCAUGCUGGCUUAUUUAUUAACAAGAGGAUAACCCUUGAAUGUAACCCCGAUAGGGGCGGCCUAGGCUGGGCACAGGGUCCGGCUGGUCGGGAGGAGGCAGAGAAGCAGGGUUCCCCGGGUACUUGGGUGGGAGUGGUGCCUGGAAUGCCCACCCUGGGAGAAGGACCGCCUCUUUGGGCAAUGAGCAGAAAGCUGUGAACAGGCUGGGUGGGUGGGGUGGGGCAGGCCGACUGUACUAAUGCAAUAAACACAUUUUCAGCCAAAGCUGGAAUGGCCCCAGCAGACAA